GAAGAUUUGAAGUGUCGGCAUGAUUUUCUUCCAAAAGUUCUUGUUUGUAGUGCUAUUCAUUGUUUCGCGUAGAAUUGUUUCUUUCAUUUUCCCUGUCAUUGAGUACAAUCAUCCAGGAUGUCAUUAGCGGAAGGAAAUUUGAGUAGAAGCAACAACCUCGGCGGGGGCGAGUCGCUAAGAAGACCGCCUGUAUCUCGAACUGCCGACGGAGAGGAGAAACAGAAAGCCGAUUUUGAAGAGCAAAAAUUGCAUCAGAGUCACACGACAACUGCGGCAACAUCUUCGACUGGCGCUGCUUGGUAUGAGCAAUCGGCGUACCAACUCGUCGGCUGCGAUGUCAUAAAUGGGCAGAAGAAAGCCGCAGUGUCCUUGCUAUUGCAGGAAGAGCGCUAUGACGGUGGAGGUGGAGUAGAUCAGCCACCUGCAGCUAUCUUUGAAGAAACUAGUGGCCGACCUGUGCUCGGGCUACCGGAAAGGCUGUUGCAAGUGGUAGGAACAAACGCGCACCCUUCGUCCUCCAGCGACCUAAAAUUGUGGAAAAACGGUGUGCGAAGAAUCGUAAAGAGCAGCGCUGGUGUUGGCGCAAGUUCUUUCCCACACAACAACUCUCCUUCAGUAUUCAACAACUACGGAAUUUUUAAUAUCGGGGCCAAUACCUCAAACUCCUCCCCAACCGCCGCCCUGAACGAGAGCGUUUCGACCACGUAUUCCCUGCUAGGAACCGGCAACGCGGUGAGUCCAGCUUCGUCUGCAGGUGGUGGAGCAGGUGCAGGAGUCUGUGACACCUUCUACUGCGCCCUGCAGUUGCAGCGGGAGGAGGAGACAGCUGAAUUCGUCUGCCUCGCUCAAGUCGUCCCAGCCGGGCUGGAGUUUCAGUAUUGGGACUCCCAGUUCGGAACGCAAACGGCCGAGGCCUGUAGAGAUCAACUGCUUGCAUUUAUUGCGCAAGAACAGACUACAUCCACCAGCAGCUCGUCCCAUCCCGCAACUACGGUCCAGCUGCCGCUUCCGAAGAGGCUACGCGACCAACUGCGCUCGCAUCUGGGUUCAUCUCCAUCUCCUUGUAGAAGGAGAAGGUCGACGCUAGAACAUCAUGGAGGCUCAACCUCGGAUUGGUCUGUGACGAAAAUAGUGCGUUUGCACGAGGACGUGCUGCCAACGGUAAAGACGCUUUUGGUAGACUACGACACGGGACACCUGACGGAGCACACCGCUCGCCGCGCGCUGGCCAAUCCCUGGUUGUUGCACGAAUUUGCACGCCAGGAGUGGGCGGGCGCAGUGCUCAGGACGCCGACCAGGUCGUCCGCCGACGCCGGGGCGCAUGGCUCCCGCUCCGCACAAUUCCUCCCCGUGCUUACGAUUGGCUACGGACGACGGCUGCGAGCGAGCCAAGUCCUCAGCGACACGGUCGGAACAACAGGGUCCGAAACUACCGCUACCGGUACCGCCUCGAUCGUCGAGCAUCAACAGCGAACUUUAGAAGUACCCUCCUGGGGCGUGAUUUCAAGCGAGACCGAGAUCCGCCUGCAGCUCGCGCCACAACCGGAUCUGCGAAUCCUGCGAGCUACCUUGGACCUCUACUCAGACGACAAGCCACUCAGCGAAGAAGACGACGGAGGAAAAAGUGACGAGCUUGAUGUUGUGAGUAAGAGAACAAAUAAACCAGCGGACCAAAACAGUCCGCAGUGGUCACAGGGAGGAGUACUAGACGCGCCGAAGUUACACAGCAGCGAACCCCCUAUGGAGCAGAGGGACGAUGCGCAAAGUACUAGACAGGGUCUGUUGCAGGAGAAAAGUGCAUCUCCAGGACCAGUCGUUUCGCGGUCUGCGGCAUCCUCCCUCAGUAUCGCUGAAUGUGUGUGGACUGCAGACUACUACUCAUCCAACACCAACUCACCAAAUGAUGCCCGCGAAGUUAUUGACGAUGUUUUUUUAAGGACUACGCCGCACGCAGCAGCGCCUCCAGACAGUGAAAUCGACGCAACGCCGGGAAUCAUGACAGAGAACUCUAGAAAGAGAAGGACCAACAAAUACGUCAUCUUUCCAAAAGUAGUCCCCGAAAAUCAUGAUGGUGCUACGUCGUUCCCUGCUUCCAGCCAGUUGCGAAUUCUUGUUUACGGUCUAGAUCCCAGCUUGUUUCUUGCAGAACCGACAAGAACAGCAUCCGACCUGCUCUUUCAGCAUGAUCAAUCAGUUAGAAACAUCCCUUUCGAGCACCUUUUCACGCAGUCGCCGCAAUCUCUGGCGGACAUAAUUCUUGCGGAAAAAGACGUGCACCUGCCACUUCCCGCUACCGGUCGGGUUAGCUCCCACUUCUUAGACCCCGUGAGUCAGAGCCUGCGCGGAGUAGGGCUUUUUUUGCGGAAAAAGCUCGCGUUUGAACGAUCAAGUCAAAGUCAAAGUAGAUGCGGGCCCUCGUCCCCUGUGGGGAGCACCGGUCCAGCAACUACGAGAUCGCCAACUGCGGAUCGUCAACAGCUUCAUCCCAGAGUAGAUGUUAACAUUAUCACCUUACGGGUCACGUGUGGCUGGCAAAACGAUCUGGAAGAUUUUGUCACCCAGCUAACGGAGGAUUUGGGUUUCCCGGUUUCCUGUUUGAGCGUGUUUCUGGUCCGGCGGCGGUUGCGAUCCACUGCAUCUGCAGAUGAUGAAAACGAGGCGCAUGACAAGGCCAGCGACCACAGGAUAAUGUUGCCGCUACCGCUCGCUAUGCAACUUGAAUUGCAGCGUCGAGGAGAUUUGCUCAAUCGGAGAACAAAUAGCGAUUCAGACGACAAAGCUACGUGUACUCGUCGUCCUGAUUCAUCACUGGGAGGAAGCAAGCCUGUGAACUCUUUACAACCUUUGGAAAAGAAGAUGAAUGCUGCGUCUACCACGAACCUCCCUAGUACAGAAGAACCUACGGCUACCACGACAUCGACAUCCAGCACCAUCGCGCCACUUACCAAAACCGUCCUCAGCCAGUUAAGCAUGAGCAAGCAACAGGCGCAGACGAGUCACGUCAUUCUGUCCGGGCCGACCGGCUCUGGCAAGACCAUGGUGGUGCGGAAUGCUCGUAUGACACCCUCAGAAACAGAAUGGAAAUCCUCAAAGUGGAAAUAAUUUGCGAUGCAUGAAAUGCGACACCAAAAAGACUGUAUUCCAGAGAACGCAAUGGAGGCUGACUAUUGUGCUCCUACGGGUUCUGGAUUGGGCUGCUAAUUAGCAUGAGAGAAGGCGGCACUCCUUUGCCUAACUAGCAUGACAGACGCGUUUUGAGUGCCCGGGAAAUUUGCCAUGCGCCGACUAUAAAUGGUGCUCCAACUGGAGUCGUUUUUUUGCAUUACAAAUUAUUUCCACUUUGAGGAUUUCCAACCUGAGGCUUUCAUAGCUCGGCACAUGAGUGUCGUGUCCAUUCCGGACAUCGUGAAAUCAGGCGUCGGGGAGAGUGCGCGCGCGGUCCGGCAGCAGUUUGUGAAUUUGGUGCGGGUAGCAGAGCAUAUUAACGCCAGAAGUGGUAGUGCUGUGUCGUCGUCAUCAAGCACCUCGUUUACUGCUCGAGCUCGUUCGGUACAAAUACCCAGCUCUUCUCCUAUGCUUGUCUUUGAAGACGCGGACCGGCUUUUGGGUGGCGGCGACAAAGACUUGUGGGCGCGCGACGUGAUUCCGGAGAUUGCGCGGUGCUUGGAAACGUUCCCUGCCCUGCCUGUUUUGUUCACCUGCCGGGAUUUUUUCUUGGUCCCCGAAUGCAUCCGAAACAAGUGCCGGCACGUGGAGGCGUUGGGCAGAAAAGCAAGUGCUGACGGUGGAAUCGGAAUAAAAAAAACGAUCCUCGAUUUGGGCGUUUACGGAAUGAAGGACCACGAGGACAAUGUCGACGCGAAGAAAGCCCUUCUCCGCGAGAAAGAGUUGCGUAAAGAGGAAUGGAAACAAGCCGUGAAGAAAGACAGUGAAAAUAACAAGCGGGGUCCUGCUGGUGGAGAAGGUCCUGAUAUUCGUAUCGACAAGAAGAAUUAUCCAGAGCAAGUGUUGAGACCAAAAGCAAGAAGGGAAACGGAGGCACUCCUUCGUGAUGUGUACCGGACGGUUCAAAAAGAGAUGGACAACACAGAAAUUGACCGCUGGACCCGCGUGAGUCAAAGAUUAUUCGCGGCAUAGUAUGUACAGCGUUUUCUGCCGCGAGCGCGAUUGAACCAUCAACAUAGAAGUACUACACAGACGAUAUUUGAUCCUCACAUUCAUUUUUCGUGACAUCGACGAGCUGUAACAUCACACGACCUGCUGUAAGCGACAUUUUAUGAUUGGCAACGCCACGAGCGCAUCCGCUACAAGGCUAAUGCCUUUGCGACAUGAUGAAGAUAACGCCCUAAAAAUCUCCUCUUCUUGAACACAGAGACAGAUGGCUGAUUU